AUGAAGGCCUUCGUUAUCCUUACCCUCGUCACGUCCAUCUUGGCAGCGCCUACGCAGACGCUCGAGCGCCGUCAGCCUAACAGUGUGAUUCCUUCUGCCCCAUCUGAGUUCAAGGCGUUGGCAGCUCCCGCCCCCAGCGCUCCCCCUCAAGCAUCUGGAGGGCAAUCCGGUGGCGGGUGUACAAGGGAUUACCAACUCAUCAGCACUGUUGCGGGGGCUGCUGGCGGCGGCGGCGGUGAUAGCGGCAAAGCAGCCGAGAGUAGUGGUGGAGGCGGCGGUGAUCUCGGUGAUCUGACCAAGCUGAUCGGCGAAGGGCUUAUCGGCAAUGCCGCUGGCGGCCUUGGAAGUAUUGGUAACCUCUUGGGGGGUCUAGGGGGUCUAGGUGGGCUGCUUCGCAGAGACGUAACCCCAGAGAUGAUCUCACGAGCCAUGGAGAAUAUCGAUGUAUCUGACCUGGAUGAUGACGAGUGCAUAAUUGAGAAGCUAGGUGGCAUGCUUCCUGGAGAGGCAGCUCCUGCUAGCUAA